GUGGAUAUUGAGCGUUGAAUCACGUGUUUGUCUGUAUUGUUACUCUAGAAUAGUCUUGCGUGCUAUCAGAUUACGAACAUGUCUGGUGAUUGUCAAGCUGCUGUUCACCCAUCAGUACUCUGGGCUCAAAGGAAUGAUUGCCUCUACAUCACUAUCGUUAUUAGUGAUGUAAUAAAUAAAACUGUUAAUGUUAAAGAGAAAUCCCUAGAGUUUAGAGCGGAAGCAGGAAAAGAUGAACCUAUAAAAUAUGAAGUCAAACUUGACUUUUAUGGAGAUGUGUGUACAGAGGAACCGAAAAUAACUGCUUCCGGUCGGGAAGUUUUUAUUUGCAUAAAAAAGAAAGAAGCCGGCUCAUGGCCACGUCUACUUUCACAGAAAACAAAAUGCCCAUGGUUAAAAACAGAUUUUAAUCGCUGGAAGGAUGAUGAUGACUCAGAACCUGAUAUGGAUGGAAAUAACUUCUCAAAUAUGCUGUCUCAGAUGUCCAAUUUCGGUGACUAUGGUGGUGAUGAUGGUAUAGACGGUGAUUUAGAUUCUGACGAUGAAGUCAGGUACCGUAGUUGAACUGCUUAAAAACCUAUCGUAACGUACCACAUGUUGUGUCCACACUUCCUUUAACAGGUAUACAAAGACGCUGUCUAGUCACAUAUAUGUAUCUAGAGACUCUCUGGUCUUAGGAGACUGGGUUGUCUGUCUGUCGAGAAACCAAUCAUCGAAACAUUGUACUAUUCGGUUUCGAAGUGGUCUUCGUAAAAAUGUGAUUAAGUAGUUAGGAUUCUUCCUAUUAUUUGCAAGUAUUGCGUUUCUGUAAUCUUUUCGAUUGUCGCUUAAUCCUAGCCAUUCCUCAUUAGAUCUUUUGCAUAAUCAUACUUAGUCAUGCUUUCUGAAUUACCCCAUAUUGUAGGUGCCAUGUUAUUACCGUUGGUACUGAUACUACUUGCGUUUAUGCUAUCUCAGUCUGGUCUGAUGUGCUUGUUCGGCACGUCAUAAGUGCCAUGUAACUAAUUUCAGGAUCCAGUUAGUGCAUAAACUUGUCUAUGCAGACUGUUUAUCUGCCAAUAGUUAUCAUUAAUCACACUGCGACAGCUUUUCCUUAUUUGUUUCGUGGUUUAUCGAAACAUCACAAUAUCCUAGUCAUAAACUAUUUUAACUCGUGAAGUACUAAUUAGCACCUUACAGUGACAUCAUCCAAUAAAUUACAUCUUAUUUGUCAUUGAAAUGAGAUUUUUCUCAUUAACGUCCAGUUCUUUAAUAAAUUUACUUAAUUUUGUAGACCUCCCUGAUUUGGAAAUGCCAAAUGCAGAUGGUAACAAAUCUGAAGAAAAUGGAACCGAAGAAGAAGCCGAGAAAAAGAUACCUGAAAAGGAAGUUUCAUCAGCUAAUUGAAAAAUGACCUAUCAUUCACUCGGUGGUUGUUUGUCUAUGAGCCGCCUGUAUAUGCGCAUUUUACACUUUCACCAUUGACUAUGUUCUUAUUACAGCCUUUUACGAAGUAACUUUCUUGUUUGUUACAACUUUAAUCUCGUCUUAAUUUAUCCUUGUUCAUUGCUUUCUGGAGGCCAGUUUUUAAUCCAAGUGCCUAUAACUUCGCGAUGCCAGUGGUUUUUCUGACGAUUCAAGUACUAUCCUGCAGUGUAUCGGUAUUUUAAAUAAUUUUCAUGCGUUGGAAUCCU